GCAAAUAUAGUGGUGCUGAAACAAUUGCUAGCUUUGCAUUUUUAACCUUUGUUUUGUCUUGGGUCUUACUGCGCCUCAUAUGCUUCCCUUUCUGGGUCCUCUGGAGUACAAGCUAUGAAGUUGUCCAGAUAUUGGGCAAGGACAAGCAUCCGGUGGAUGGACCAAUUUGUUAUUAUCUGUUCAACACACUACUAUUUUGCCUGCUUGUUCUUCAUAUUUAUUGGUGGGUACUUAUGUAUCGAAUGCUUGUCAAACAAAUCCAAGCAAGGGGCAAACUUAGUGAAGAUGUUAGAUCAGAUUCUGAUGAUGAACAUGAAGAUUGAUAUCGAAACAAGAAAUACUGCAUCAACAGGACUCAUGAAAAGCUCUACCAUUUUUGCCAGUGCUGACCCUCCCUUGACAUUGGAUUACUACAAAUCAACGUGUCCGACUGUGUUUGAGAUUGUGAGGCAAGAAAUGGAGUGUCAAGUGCUCUCUAAUCCUCGCAAUGCAGCCUUCAUUGUUCGAUUACAUUUCCACGACUGUUUUGUUCAGGGUUGUGAUGGGUCAGUUUUGCUUGAUGAUACAAUCAGCUUAAAAGGAGAAAAGAAAGCUUCAACAAAUGUAAACUCUUUAAAAGGUUUCAGAAUCAUUGACAGGAUUAAAAACAAGCUUGAAUCUGAGUGUCCUGGAAUUGUUUCUUGUGCUGAUAUCCUCACUAUUGCUGCCAGAGAUGCUGUGAUUCUGGUUGGUGGGCCUUACUGGGAUGUACCAGUGGGAAGAAAGGAUUCAAAAACGGCUAGCUAUGAUCUAGCCAGGGAAAACCUUCCUACUGCAAACGAGGGUCUUCUCAGUAUUAUAUCUAAAUUUCUUUAUCAAGGUCUCUCAGUGACUGACAUGGUGGCUCUUGCUGGGGCUCACACCAUUGGAAUGGCACGCUGUAAGAAUUUUCGAGCUAGAAUAUAUGGAGACUUUGCAGCAACUUCAGGGAAGAAUCCAUUAUCCGAUUUGUAUCUCAGCAGCUUGAAAUCCAUCUGCCCUGCAACUGGAUCGGGAGACAAUAACGUAACAGCCAUGGACAAUGUUACACCAAAUCUUUUCGACAAUUCUUUUUACCAUACACUGCUGAGAGGGGAAGGGUUGCUUAGUUCAGACCAAGAAAUGUACUCCAGCGUCUUCGGAAUGGAAACCAAAAAGCUUGUCCAGAUAUAUGCGGAGGACCCUGUUGCUUUCUUCAAACAAUUCUCAGAUUCAAUGGUGAAACUGGGAAACAUUACGAAUUUGGAUAGCUUUGUCAGUGGUGAAGUAAGGAAGAAUUGCAGAUUUCCCAACACUUGAAGAGCUGAAAAACACCCGCUUUUGUUAAUGAAUUAUAAAGUAAAAUUGUUUGUUUGUGUCAAGAAGACAAUGAAUAAAAAGUU